AUGCUGCGCACGUUUGCGGCGUUCGAGCUUGUCUUCGCAUUCCCGUGGGACAUGGAGUUGGUUCUUCUCCCGCGCAGCCUCUCCGUCGUGUGGAGCGAGUCCGGGGUCAUGCAGAAGAAGCCCGCCGCUUACUUUUGGAGGAACCGCCGGUGCGGGGAGGCGGAAGACGAAUUGCUGCUGCUGCUGCCAGCAGACGUGCGGCAGGCGAGGGCGCGGGGUGGCUGGAGUUACUGUUUCGGCUACCUGUGCGCGCUGUAUUACGCCCAGCUCUCGCUGCGUGAGCAGCGCAAGCGGCUGCAGCGUCGGGACGUGGAAGCGUCCCGCAUCAUGUCCGCGAUGGGCACCACGCGGCAGGGGCCGAGGCACGCGGUGUGCGUCACGCGGGGGCUCGGCAGCGCGUACUUCGAGCUGGCGUUUGCAGUGGACUCGCUCCUCGGCUUCACGCAGAAUGUUGUGGGUGUUGUGGCGCGUGAGAUGGAGGGGAGCCUGACGACGGCGGGCGCGGUGAACUCGUGUAUCACGCUGUGCCAACGGCUCGACGCUCUUGUCCUUCGGCUGCGGUGUGUGUGCUUCCCGGUGGCGCCACAGCCGGAUGACGCGGGGCCGCUAGCCGCCUCCGCUCACAUCCGCGAGUGCAUCACCGCGGUGCUCGCCAUUGCGUUGGACCCGGCAAGCCUGCCGCUGAAGUGUGUCACCUCCCGAACGCAGAGUGCCAUUGAGGCUCUUGUUGCCGUGGUGCGCGCCCUCCCGUCAGCGUCUGUGCUGAGGGAGCACGUAGGGCCGCUGCUGGUGCUGCUGACAUUCAACCGCUUUUACGGUCAAUGA